UGAGGAGGAGGCGAGUUAGGAUCCAACCAGGCAACGUGGUAAAAAUAGUGCUUCGGUGGGCAACGUGGUACAGGUGCCGAAGAGCAUUCGUUACAGGGAUGCCAAAACGUGGGAAAAAGGGAACGGUGGCCGAAGAUGCGGAAGAACACAAGACAGAGCCAGAGGCCAAAAAGAGUAAGGGAGGAGCAAAGAAAAACGAAAAAGAGGCAGCAGGAGAGGGCCCGGUGCUGUACGAGGACCCUCCGGAUCAGAAAACCUCACCCAGUGGCAAAUCCGCCACACUCAAGAUCUGCUCUUGGAAUGUGGAUGGGCUUCGAGCCUGGAUUAAGAAGAAAGGUUUAGAUUGGGUGAAAGAAGAAGCCCCAGAUAUCCUGUGCCUUCAAGAGACCAAAUGUUCAGAGAACAAGUUACCAGCUGAACUUCAAGAACUGUCUGGACUAUCUCAUCAGUACUGGUCAGCACCAUCAGACAAGGAAGGAUACAGUGGUGUGGGUCUGCUUUCCCGCCAGUGCCCACUCAAAGUCUCUUAUGGCAUUGGUGAGGAGGAACAUGAUCAGGAAGGCCGGGUAAUUGUGGCUGAAUUUGAUACGUUUGUGCUGGUGACAGCCUAUGUACCUAAUGCAGGCCGCGGUCUGGUAAGACUGGAAUACCGGCAGCGCUGGGAUGAAGCCUUUCGCAAAUUGAAGGGCUUGGCUUCCCACAAGCCUCUUGUGCUAUGUGGGGACCUCAACGUGGCUCAUGAAGAAAUCGACCUUCGUAACCCCAAGGGAAACAAAAAGAAUGCUGGCUUCACUCCACAAGAGCGUCAAGGUUUUGGGGAAUUGCUGCAGGCUGUACCAUUGGCCGACAGCUUCCGGCACCUCUACCCCAACACUGCCUAUGCUUACACUUUUUGGACUUACAUGAUGAAUGCCCGGUCCAAGAACGUUGGCUGGCGUCUUGAUUACUUUUUGUUGUCUCACUCUCUUUUACCUGCAUUGUGUGAUAGCAAGAUCCGUUCCAGGGCCCUUGGCAGUGAUCACUGUCCCAUCACCCUAUACCUAGCACUGUGAAUCACUGAGCCUGGGAAAUAGCUUCCCCCGUCAGCACAAACACAAGUAUUCCUUAAUAGCUUUCUAGAGAAAUCCAGUUUCUCUCCUAUAAGAAUACAGAUCCUUCCUUCAACCAGACUUCUGUGACUCUUAAGCCCAAGAUUUUUGUUUUGUGGGUGCCUCCCUCCCUUAUUUUUUUAAAACAUUAAAAGCUACUGGCUCCCUUUGAACGAUCUAUGUAAAAAAUAAAAGGCCAUAGUUUCAGUUUGCUGUCUUUUGUGUUUUACCCCUUUG